AAAAACUUGGUAAUCGGAUAAGAGACGUAGAAUUCUGAAGGCAUCUUAAUAGUGCCUCUUCUUCCUGCACAAUCUGCUAUGCGGCCAUCAACUUCAAACAUGCAGAACAACGCCAUUUCGUUCUCAAUAGAUUCAAUUAUAUCCAGAAGUGACCCUCCAAAAGAAAAGCACUUGACAGAAAUGAAGCCACUAAUACCAAGCAAUGCUCGAAUAGCAGAAGUAAACGAUUCGCCUGUGCAAACACUCCACUGUGAAGACCAAUGUGUGAACCUCCAAAAAGACGCCGAUAAAACGAACGAUGGACGCGAGUUUGAAGAAAGCAAAUCUACUGAAGAUAAAGACGAUUCUAUUCAUUCAGAAAAUUCUGACGAUUCGCAAACAAGCUUGAAAGAAAACCAAGAUACGGCAAUGACAGAAAACGAAGCCUGUGAAUGUGUGGACGAAGAUGGUCUCGAAGGAUCAAAACAUCGACGCAAAAGAACUGCAUUUACAAGCCAGCAACUAUUGGAACUCGAACGAGAAUUUUACAACAAAAAGUAUGUGUCAUUAGAGGAGAGAUCUCAUAUCGCAACGAACUUAAAAUUAACCGAAGUUCAGGUUAAAAUAUGGUUUCAAAAUCGAAGAGCGAAAUGGAAACGUGUGAGAUCACUAGCCCACCCUGCUCAUGGUAAUCGUAAGUUGAACACUCCUAAACUGGUUGUUCCAAUACCAGUACAUGGCAAUCGAUUCGCUGUUAUGAACCAAAUGAACGCGUCUUGAACUGGACAAACAGUGGUAGUAUUUUAUGUACAUAUUUGAUCAAUGGAUAGAGAAUUAUUUUACAAAAGAUUGGUUGCAACAAUCUCAAUCAAGAGCUCUCCUCCUUGCUUGUGUGAUGAGAAUGGUUCUUGUACAACAUGCCUAUAAAUUGAACUCUCAUAUCGAAUCAUUGUUUAUAAAAAUAGUUUGGUUUCCAAUUUUAUGGAGCUUAUUUCAGUUAAUGAACUUGGUUGGAAAAUGUGUACCAAGAAUCGAUGAAAAUAUUCUAAUAAAUCAACUCGGUUGCUUAGAGUUUUCAAGUUGCAAUCGAUAGUAAAUCUGAGUGAGUUUACGAGCUUAGUAAGCAAUAGGCUUGAAGUUUUCAAGCUUCGUUCAUUCUUAAAGCCACUAAUCCCUAUUUAGGACACUUUGAAUGUUGUGCUCAGCAUUUUUGGACUUCUCUCUUCCAUUAUAGCUUUUGUAUUUUGUGCGCAAGCACCUUCGAGCAGUUCUUUGAAUUCUCUAACUACAUCAUAGUUUACAAACAAUGCUGGACUCAGUUUAGGUAUUUUCUCUGGUUUCUAUGAACGUUUUGCCGUCAACUUUCACACUCUUUCGGUGCCUGUUCGUCUGUGUUUACAGCCAUUUGAGAAGUUUGUGUGAUUAAAACGUGUUAGAGUGUGAAAACGACUUGUUAUCCUCUUCCUUUGAUAAGCAAGCGCGGCGUUCUCCUUUACUAAGAUUUUUGUAGUCCUGCAUUCAACAAACUUUGAUAACAAUUAUGCAUUACGACAAGUUGUAAAUUAAUUCCGUAAUCAAGAUAAAAUGAUUAAUAUAAUGGAUCUUUUGGAUUUAUUUUUUCUUUUUUACAAUAAUUAAGCUUCGUUCAAAACUGAUUCAGUAACAAAGCAACAGUUUACUAAAACUACAUCAGGUUUGCGCUGUGUUUCUAUGCAACGUUUCAUACCGAGUUUGGCGUUGUAUUCCAUGAAUUGUUUUACUCUUUUAUCCCUCAUAGUUGUAGCUUAUUUUUCUGGGUUUUACUUAAGACUCACAUACAUUUUCUCUACGAGCUAUUUCAUGACAAGCUAGAAUUUUGAACAACAUUUGUGUAUCUCUACAUUUCGUCUUCUUACAUUUCCUCCUUUUGAAUAGCCAGUUUUAAUUUUUUGACUUAUCAAAAUAGUCUAUAUAAUACUAUUCUCGAUGUUUGUUGGUAAAGGAAGUCAAACGCACAGUGGCAACACAGAAAAAUAGCCAUUCAUAUAGUGGGUUGUUAUUGUUUGUGGCAGUAAGCAUGAACCCUGAGAAGACUCAAGUGUCAAGGAUAUCAUUUUUGUGUCACCAAAAUUAUUUUUUAUUAUAAAUUUAUUUGAAGUUAGUUCCUGGAAAGAACUCGAAAUCAAGAACCAAUUUCAUUACUCGAUCUGCUAACUGGGUUGUGAAAUACUUUUUUGCAUAAAAACAUGCGUAAAAAAGAGCCGCAUUAGAAACUAUAGGUUAGUAUUAGAGAAAAAAUGUCGAAAAAUACCACGGGAAAGAAGAUUGUUUAGUUUGUCAAAACUCCUGUUUCGAUUGGACUAUACUUAGAAUCGAAGUUUUUAUCUAUAAGAAGUUACUUGGAGUGGAGAUUAAUGUUCAUAUUUCUCUGGGAAGAUAGAUUCGAAUUAUAAUAUAAUAUACUCAAACAUUUUGUUUUGAAAUCUUGAUUUAUAAACGUUAAGUCAAUUGUCAAAGUUUUAGACAAAAAUGAAUACACGGUUCUUUAAAUUUAAAUGAAUAGUUCUUCACCCUCUGUUACAAAACUAGCUUGAAAUUCGUUCUAGUGUGAACACAGAAAAGUAUGGUUUUAUGGCAGAGACAAGAAUAGCUGGCUUGAAUAAAAAACAGCUUGCCUCACCAUCCCACCUCAUUAAUGACUUAAUUCAAUUAUAGCUAUAUCCUUUUAGCUCAGUUCUGAUAACACAAAAGACCUACCAUAAUUUGAAUUGUUUUUGUGUUGUAUUUUGAAACAGUAAAAGUGAGAACCCAAUUGCUUUUUUAGAGAAUCCAAUUCACUGUAAAAAUAGUUUUCUCGAGAAGCCAUUAAAGUGUUGAAGGAAACCA